UAGCUGUAGCACCACAGUACGACAUUACCUCUCAUAUGAGUUGCAACAAAAUGGUUAGUACUUGUUCGCUGCUGUUAAGCAAUUCAGUAUUAUUUGUGUCAUAAGCCAAAGGCAGUUAUUAAGUAAUAUUUUUUGUUAAGAAACAAAAAUAAUAACCUUUGUUUAAAUUAAAUAUUUUUUGUUAAAAUUAUUUUGCGUGUCUAUUUGCAAAAAUGUAUACAAAAGUAUCUUUGGAGAAAUAUCGUGUUGUUUUUGUUGCAAUAUGUGCCCAAAAAUAUGUGCGUGUGCUCAUUUUUAAGCAAACAUGAUGAGUUUUUCAAUUGGAACUUAUGUCGGAUGGACUUCACCUGUGAUGCCAAAGCUUAGAGAUCAAACUGCCGAUAGUCCAUUGAAUUUUGGAGUUACUGCUGUUCAAGAAGGUUGGAUAAGUUCCUUGACAUCAAUUGGAGCAUUUUUAAUUUCCUUAUUUAUUGGAUCGUUGGCCUCAUCGAUCGGAAGAAAAUGGACACUUCUUCUGAGUUCAUUGUUCAUAGCUUUUUCGUAUUUAUUUUUAAUACUUGCAACUGAUAUUUGGUUUAUAUACGUUGCACGAGCUCUACAGGGCUUUGGUGGGGGAGGUGGAGCAGCUAUGAUUCCAAUGUACAUUGGUGAAAUAGCCACCGAUGACACUCGAGGUGCUGUGGGUUCUUUUAUGACACUAUUUAUGAUUGGUGGAAUUCUGUACACUUACAUUAUCGGUCCAUAUGUAAGUUAUUUAACAUUACAAUAUUGCUGCAUGGCCGUUCCAGUAUUAUUUUUCGUGAUAUUUUUAUUCAUGCCCGAAAGCCCAUAUUAUUUUGCCAUUAAGGGACAAAAAGACGAUCUCAUUAAUUCCUUGAAGGCCUUGCGAGGCAAAUCGUCUAAGGAUGUGGAAGAGGAGAGGUCAAAAAUUCAAGAUGAAGUCGAUGAUUCCAUGUCAAAUAAGAGCCGAUUUAUUGACAUUUUUCGCAAUAGGGUCUAUCGCAGGGCAAUAUUCAUUGUAUGCGGUUUGAUGUUCUUCCAACAAAUGAGUGGUUCCACUGCAGUGACAUUUAAUGGUCAAUCGAUUUUCAUCAGUGCCGGUUCAACUUUGGAUCCAGCUAUGGCGACCAUCAUUCUUGGUGUAGUUCAACUUGUUUCUAAUCUCUUAACACCCUUUGUUGUUGAGAGUGCUGGACGGAAGAUAAUUCUACUCAUUUCAUCGACUGGUUUGGGAAUUUCUGUCAUAAUACUCGGAAUCUUCUUUUACGUGAAAGAUCAAAACGGAGUGAAUAUAUUUUGGCUUCCAGUUCCGGCUUUGAUUAUGUUCAAUGCCUUCUAUGGCUUCGGUUUUGGUCCAGUACCGUGGGCCGUAUUGGGUGAAAUGUUUCCUUCAAAUAUUAAGCCAACUGCAAUGUCCAUAGCAUGUUCGUGUACUUGGGCUGUAUCAUUUGUAGUUACACGUUGGUUUCCUGAGCUAAAUGCUUUGGGUGCAUAUUAUGCGUUUUGGUUGUUUGGGGGAUUUUGUGGGUUGGCAAUCUUUUUUAUUAAAUUUGUUUUAAUAGAAACUAAAGGAUUGAGCUUACAGCAGAUUCAAGAGAAACUGCAAAGCUCCUAAGGAUUUUAAAGUAAGAAAAAAUAUAAAGCAAACGAAAUAGAAGCAAAGUUA